ACCCGAGAAUAUAUAGAAGGUGGGAAAAGUCUGGCUGACUUACACCGCGACUAUAAAAAUGAAUGUAUUCAAAAAAACGUUCCUUAUGCAAAUAUCACAAUGUAUUCACGAAUUUUCAACAACAACUUUAAUAUAUCAUUUUUCACCCCGAAAAAAGAUAGGUGUGAUCUUUGCAACUCUUACAACAAUGCUACAGAAGACGAAAAAGUGGUAUUAAAUCAGAAAUAUGAUACACAUUUAAGGGAAAAAGUUCUAUCCAGGGCAGAGAAAGAGGAAGAUAAAAAAAGAGCAGUACUAAGCGAAGGAAACAUUAUAGUUGCUACCUACGACCUUCAAGCAGUUCUGCCUGCACCAAGAGGGAAUUCAUCAACAUUUUAUUAUAAAAGCAAAAUUAAUAGCUACAAUUUAACUGUCACUGAACUACAGUCAGAUAAUGUACAGUGUUUUUUUUUUUGGCAUGAAGGUGAAGGUGCUCGAGGAGCAAUAGAGAUAGGUUCUUGCAUUCUGAAAUACCUAGAAGAAAAAGCCAACGCCACCAACAACAAUAAUCUUGAAAUCAUACUUUAUUCAGACAAUUGCUGUGGUCAGCAAAAGAACAAGUUUAUAAUGGGAAUGUACCUAUACGCUGUACAAAAAUAUAAUAUUAAAUCUAUUACACAUAAAUUUCUAAUUGCAGGUCACACGCAAAAUGAAGGAGAUAAUGUUCAUUCUGUCAUAGAAAAGCAGAUUAAGCGAGCACUUAAAUCAGGUCCCAUCUAUAUUCCCACUGAUUACGUCAAAUUAAUUCAGUCUGCAAGAAAAAAGGGAAAUCCGUAUAAAGUAACAGAAUUAGGUUACCAGGACUUUAUGGAUUUGAAGACACUGUCUCAGCAAAUAGGUUCAAACUAUAAUAAAUUAUCGGACAAUGAACUGAUCCGAACAAGUGACAUAAAAAUACUUAAAGUGCAGAAGAAUAACCCAGGCAUUAUUUUUGUAAAAACUACAUACGAGCAAAAAGAAUUUGCGCAGAUCAACGUCAAUCAUAACAGAAGAAGUAUGCGGAUCUCUACACCGGAGUGCGUUGCAGCGUAUAAGAAAAAAAUGCAAAUUUCUGCUCUAAAGAAAGCUCAUAUUGAAUCACUUAUCUCAGCGAAAAGCAUUCCUACAUUGUAUAAGCCCAUCUGUGAAUCUAUGUUUUCUUAA